GGAAGGCGGGGUCCCGGGCCUGACCGUGCGCUCCCGUCAUCGAUCAGGAAGCGCAGGGGGGAAGGCGCUUUGUUUGGGCAGGAGGGAAAGUGCUCAAACUGGGAAUCAGGGAAGGUGCUCGAACAAGCAAGAAGGGGCUCCGUAUACGUAGGUGGUCAUCCUAUUAGGUGAAGCGGAAAGGCUGUUCAUAGGGAAUUGUGAUACGGUAGUCAAGUUCAGCGGGUGGCCAAGGUUUUGGGAGCUAAAAGAUGUGACCUCAGGCAUAACACCUUAAACCUCGUGUUCCUGGGGACAAAGGCCUGCUUGCAGCAUCUGUUGGCUGGUCAUAGGGCUUGCAAGCCAGCAGGUUUGCAGUGGUAAAGGGGCCAGCUCAAAAUAGCUUUUGGUAGGGGCCUGAGUGUUCCUUGUUGCGAAGAGUUCGUCUAGGGUUGCGCCCUUACUUCUAGAUCUUUCUGAAUCUCAAAGGUGGCCCCUACAAGGUGGGAGAGAUGACAGAAGAGGUAGCCAGCGGUUGGAGGGGUCCUGGGGACAGUGCGCAGGCGGAAGCAAGGCGCGAGAGACGGCGCAAGGGUCAGGAAGGGAAGGCCCCUUGGCAGCCAAUUGUGUUACCUGACGAUGAUGAAGAGGACAGGCCCGCUUCUUCUGCUCGGAGUGGGCCUCCACGUCCCCCCUCGGCACAGCGCACUCCUUCAAACCUAGGCUUGAUGCCGUCAAACAUCCAUCGCUUUGAUCCUGAGAUGCUCGCACCAGCUGCUUUCAGGCGGAUUGCAGCUCGGUUGCACGCUCAACAGCAGAGCAUGUGGUCAGCACGCCAGGCAGGGGGGUCGGGUUCUGUGCCAGCUGGCGCCGGCCCGUCUGGCAGAGCGCCUGCGGCCUCCAUAGAUCUGACGGACGACUGUGUUGUAUUAGAUGAGGCCUCCGGCAGCAGCACACUGAGGGGUGUCAAAAGGCGGCGCACUGAGACGCCCAGUCCCUCGUUGCCCCCUGAGCUUCGGCCAGGUUUCGUCGAGCCCCCUCCCAAACCGGACCGGGAAGUCAAGUUCACGUGCAGUAUCUGUCUAGAGAACAUGAAGGAGGAGGCGACGACAAUCUGUGGGCACAUCUUCUGCAAACAGUGUAUCUUAGACUCAAUCAAGGCCACGAAGAAGUGUCCUACGUGUCGAAAGAAGCUAAGCUCGAAGGACGUCCACCGGAUAUACCUUCAAAGUAGUGCGUUGUAAGUCAUCUGCUUGCUUGGCAAAGCGACUGUUACGUAGGUGCUGUCUAGUCAGAAGGUGGUCAUUGAACAUCUGAGGUCCAGGUUUGCUCGGUCCUUUCAGUAGCUAGUGCCGCUAGAUUGCAAGAAGGUUACAGGCAUGGUAAGGUAUUAGUUGUCGUCUUUGAUCUGGUAUAGAGCCCGCCAGAUUGGAACGCAAUGGCAAGUGCUUGGGAAAGCGUUUGUGGCCAAGUGUUCAUAUUGUCAGAGCUUUUGGCGAUUCGUGCCACUCUUUGGUUGAUUUCACGGGCUCUUCAAUCACUUGCCAAAUCGAUCAUUUGGCAAUCAUCUUUCAAUCCGAUUUAGAUAGGACUUACGACUAUUGAGACUCUCGCGUUUGACUCUGCUCGGAGCGUGAAACCCCUGCCAGUUUCACUCCGAUUUCAAAUUUUGCCUGCGCCCAAGCCUCUGCCAUUCGUUACAUGACGUGUGUAUGUACAUGUGUAUCGUGUCGGUACCUUUUUCCCCUUCAGUGAAAAGAUC